AAUGGCUUCAAAUGUCAUUGCAUGUCUGAGUCCCAUCAGAGGCAAUUGCUGCUGGCUUCUGAAAAUCCUCAGCAAUUCAUGGAUUACUUUUCUGAGGAGUUCCGAAAUGAUUUCCUGGAACUGCUCAGGAGGCGAUUUGGAACAAAGAGAGUCCACAAUAAUAUUGUGUACAAUGAAUACAUCAGUCAUCGAGAACACAUCCACAUGAAUGCCACGCAGUGGGAGACACUGACUGAUUUUACUAAAUGGCUGGGGAGAGAAGGCCUUUGCAAGGUUGAUGAGACUCCAAAAGGCUGGUAUAUUCAAUAUAUUGAUAGGGACCCAGAGACUAUUCGCAGGCAACAAGAACAAGAGAGGAAGAAGAAGCAGGACCUUGAUGAUGAAGAAAAAACUGCUAAAUUCAUUGAACAACAAGUUAGAAGAGGUUUGGAAGGGAAAGAACUGGAAAAGCCAGUCUAUACUGAACUGAACAGAGAAAAUGAAGAAGAAAAAGUUACAUUUAAUUUAAACAAAGGAGCAAGUACUUCAAUAGCAGCAUCUUCUAAAACAAGCAGUGCCCUUGGACCGAAUGCUCUGAAGAUGGUGGAAGGGACAGUUAAAAGAAAAGAAUCAGCUCAUAGCUCUGGUCAGUCCAAAGAGAAAAAGAAGAAAUCUGCACUGGAUGAGAUUAUGGAGCUGGAAGAGGAGAAGAAAAGAACAUCUCGAAGAGACUACUGGUUGCAGCCUGAAAUCGUUGUAAAAGUCGUAACAAAAAAGCUUGGUGAGAAGUAUCACAAGAAGAAGGCCGUUGUUAAGGAAGUGAUUGACAAAUACACAGCAGUUGUGAAGAUGAUUGACUCUGGAGACAAACUAAAGCUUGAUCAGACGCAUCUGGAAACUGUAAUACCAGCACCAG